UGUUCAAUUAUCUCUACUUGCCUUCUUGCCAACAGUGUUCGAGCGUAUCUAGCCUGUAGCUGCUACUAUUUUAUUCUUAUACCUUGUCCUACACCGUGCUGUUACACCGUUAUCGCUAUCUUAUCCUAAACUACUACUUCAAAAGCUCCGAUAACAUCAUGUCGUCAAUCAGCAAAUUCCACCCUUUGCAAAGGCUACCGAGUCCGUCGAGGGGCUUCUCUGCUUUGAUUCACGCAUCCGGACUGGCCAGCUUCAUAUGGUCCUUCAAGUAUAUGAACGACAACCCUAAUCAUGCCAAUGAAGCAUACGGAUGGCAUUUCCAGUACCUGACCGUCAUCGGUUUAUCUCUCGCUACCGUCACCUUCGCUGUCGGACUUCUGGCGGACAUCACCCUAUCGGCGCGGCUGUUCUUGUUAAAGAACUUGCUAUCCGUCUGCAGCGCUCCUAUGGAAGUUCUCAUCAGCAUUCUUUACUGGGGUCUUCGGCUGAUCGAUGAGCGUCUCGUUAUUCCAGAUUGGGCUUUCAUUCCCAUGCACGCCGACAUCAGCUUCCACGCGAUUCCCUCCAUUGUCUUCCUGAUCGACCUUCUCUUUCUCUCUCCGCCAUGGACCAUCACCAUUGGACCCGCCCUUGGUCUAUCCAGUGCAAUCGCUGUCGGCUACUGGUUCUGGAUUGAACGCUGUUUUCAGCAUAACGGAUGGUAUCCGUACCCUAUCUUCGAGCAACUCCCUUUUGAGGGUCGCAUUGGGCUCUUUGCUCUCAGCGCCGUUGUCAUGGCUCUCAGUACCGCAACCCUUAAAUGGCUUCAUGGUCGCGUGAACGGUUUUGGAACGUCUAUGAAAGCUCAGGCCCGACCGGGUUCUGUGAAGGCGAACGGUAACCUUUAA